AUGCACAGCUUCACUACAUUCUUCCUCUGGGCGCUGGCUGCCUGUAUCCUGUGGCAAGGAUCCUACGCGAAGGAUCCUUCGAAGGGUUACAUAUGCCUCAUUGAGGAUUCAAUACAAAAUCAGUGCGACAGUUUUUGUCUGACUGAACUAAGCCCACGGCUUAGCGAAGUCGUCAAAGCCCAGAACCAAGGGAAUACUAAGCUAGAGACAUUGAAAGUGAAAAUAGGAGAAGUUCAGGCCACGCUGGAAGGACAACUACAAGGAGUGGAAGCUAAGCUGGAAGGACAACAGGUGGUACUCACCAAGGUGGAGGGCUUCCGAGCAAAACUGGAAGGAAGCCUGCUGGCGGUACAAACCAAGCUGGAUGGACGACUACAAGGAGUGAAAAAUAAGCUAGAAGGACAACUUCAGGGGGUGCAAACCAAGGUGGAGGCUAAACUGGAUAAAGGUCUCCUUGCGGUACAAACAAUGAUUGAAAUCCAACUUCAAGCUGUUGUAAAUCAACUGCAGUUAGUCCAGAACAAGAUAGAUGCUGCCAAGGUGGAAGCGCAAGUACAUCCCAUAUCAUAUAAGACGGCCGCCCCUCAACAAGCAGCCAAGGCAGUCCCUGCUUCAGCCACGAUUACUACUUCAUCUGGAUUCGAGCUAAUCGGAACCAGAUAUUUUAGAAUUGUAAAUGAAAAGGUGGAUUAUAAGACUGCUGAGAGAAGGUGUCGUGAGAUGGGUGGUUACUUAGCCUCCUUUCGAAAUGAAGAAGAAAUGAACGCCGUUAUACCAAAACUUGAUAAUUGGCCGGGUUACUGGCUAGGCAUUAAUGAUAGAAAGAGUGAGGGCCACUUCGUAUCUGUGGCCUCGCACAAGCCAGCACCAUUUUUGAAGUGGCAUAAGAGAGAACCAAACGACAAAUACCAUAAUGCGAACUGCGUCAAAUUGUUUGUUGGCGAAAUGUGGAGCCACCUUUGUAGUGCUGACUAUUAUUUUAUUUGCCAGGCGGACAAUGAAACUUAG